AUGCAUUUGGUGCGGGUUGCUGCGGGCGUCCUGCUGCUGGCGGCCCACGCCGCCGGCCAGUCCACACCAAAGUUGAAUUCCUCGGCGAUCACCACGCUCCUCGCUGGGACCCCGGCCUGCGCUAUGCUAUGCUUCGCCCAGGGGUUCCAAGCAGGGAACUGUACGAUGGCCGGUCUCACAGACUGUGUCUGUACCAACAUUCCCCUGCAAGCCGGGGUGUCUGCAUGUGUGCAGACGUCUUGCAUCUUCGACCAGCAAGUCGCCACCGCUGAGAUAUCGCAACAACUAUGCCGUGGGUACCCAAUACCAGAGCGUCGACGAUUUUCAAAAGUCUUCUCCAUUGUCCUACCUUCCAUAAGCGCCGCGACGGUGGCUCUUCGGUGUGUCGCGAGAUGGACGGUCACGAACCAGCUCUGGUGGGAUGACUGGACAGCCUUGAUGGGCUUGUUCUUUCUCAUAGUGACAGCAGUACUGGGCUACUAUAAUGCCGGCCUCGGCUUUGGUAUUCAUUAUUGGGAUGUUGAGCCAGGGAAAGGAAAGACCAUCUUACAGAUAUUCUACGUUCUGCAAAUGCUCUACAUAUUCGUACUCAUCUCCGCGAAGUCAUCGAUAUGCUGUUUUUACUCUCGGGUAUUCACCAACAACAAGCGAUUCCGGCGGGUCACAACAGGGGUUACGGUAUUCCUCCUAACACAUGGCCUCAUGUUCUUCUUCCUCGUUACAUUCCAAUGCCUCCCCAUUGAAGCCAUAUGGAACCGACGAAUCGAAGGCCGCUGUCUCGAUUACGCAGCGCUCGGCUAUGGAGGUGCUGCCGUCAGCAUCUUUGAAGACCUAAUCCUAUUCAUCAUUCCCAUCCCAGAGCUCAUGAAGCUACAGCUGUGCAGGAAGAAGAAGCUCGCCCUUGUCUUCAUGUUUAGCGUGGCGUCAUUUGCUUGUAUCGCCAGCAUGAUCCGCCUCAAAUACAUGGUUUCAUAUGCCAACACCUACGACGCGACAUGGGACAACGUUGACAUUGUUCUGUGGUCUUCCAUUGAACUCAACGCGGCAAUCAUCUGCGGCAGUCUUCCUGCGUUACGGCCUCUAUUCAAGAAGAUUCCCGGCAUUCUCACCACUCCCUCUGGCGCUUAUGAUUAA